AUGAGAGAUAAUAGAGUUGAUGGAGUAAAACGUCGAAUAGGGUAUCGAAAUGGGUUUCAUGUGUCCCCCAUUGGGAGAGCUGGGGGCCUCAGUAUGUGGUGGGAUGAUUCUGUUGAGGUAACGAUUGGUUAUACUUCCAAAAAUAUCAUUGAUGCUAAUUUCAAUUUUGUGGACUCGGCUCGAAUGGCUCGGGUUACUUGGGUUUACGGUACUGCAUAUAGGAAUGAAAAACUGGAAUUUUGGCGGUGGAUGAAAGAAUGGUUUAAACCGACUGCUAUUCCGUGGCUUUGCGGAGGAGAUUUCAAUGAGAUCUUUUGGGAUUAUGAAAAAUCUGGAGGAGCUAGUUUGAACUGUAAUCGACCAAGGUACCUGGAGGAAUUUUUAAAUGGCUCGGAGCUUAUGGACCUGGACUAUAAUGGGCCUUGCUUUACGUGGAGAGGAAUGAGAAAUGGACAGCUGGUUGAGGAGCGGUUGGAUAGGGGCUUGGCUAAUAGGCAAUGGCAAGAUAGCUGGCCCAAUACAAUGGUUAUUCAUGAAACUGUUAUUGGGUCGGACCACUGCCCCCUAAUAAUUCAAUAUCAACCUCGGGAUCAAAAAAGGAAGAAGCUCUUUCGGUUUGAAGCGUUCUGGACCAAAGAGGAAAGGUGUAAAGAAAUAGUGGAUCGCUGUUGGAGGCAACAAUGCAGUGGUGACGGAAUCAUGAAAUGGCAGAAAAAAUUGAGGGAGUGUCGAGUAAAGUUAAGCAAGUGGAGCCAGCAGGAAUUUAAAGCGAGAGGGCGCGACAUUGAGGACCUUACCAACAGGCUGGGGGUUCUUCAACAUAAUUGGCGAAAAAACUGGGAGGAAAUUAAGACGGUUUCGGAGCGAAUUGCCAGAUUGGGGGAGGUGGAGGAGCAAUUUUGGCAGCAGCGAUCGCGAGUGAAGUGGCUCAGGGAGGGUGAUGCGAAUACGGCCUUUUUCCAUCAGUCAACGCUUCAUCGGAGAAGGAGGAAUAAGGUAGUAAAGAUUAAGGAUGGGAAUGGAAAUUGGAUUGAUAAUCAGUACGAGGUUCAGAGGUAUAUUGAAGAACACUUCAAAAGUCUUUUCUCUACUUCUGGCCCAAGGGAGUGGGGCUGUAUUUUGGACUGCUUACAACACAAGGUAAGUGAUGAGAUGAAUGCUGGCUUGAUAAUCCCGGUGUCAUUGGAGGAAGUCCAGACGGCAGCUUUACAAAUGGGGGGAAUGAAAGCCCCGGGUCCUGAUGGUUUUCAGGGGAUUUUCUACCACUCAUACUGGAACUCCCUUAUGGAGGAUGUGAAUGGAAUUGUGCAGGAUUUUAUGCUGGGGAUCUCGGACCCGCAACGGCUCAAUUCGACACACAUAGUGUUGGUGCCGAAGAUCACAAAUCCCGACUCGGUAGGGCAUUUCAGACCUAUUAGCUUGUGCAAUUAUUCCUACAAGAUUGUGUCAAAAAUCCUUGCGAAUCGCCUCAAGCCUCUUCUACCGGAGAUUAUUUCCUCUACCCAAAGCGCUUUCGUGAUGGGAAGACAAAUUCAAGAUAACAUUGGGAUUGCUCAUGAGAUGUUCCACUUUCUGAAACUUCGAAAGGCAAAGAGUAAGUUUGAGAUGGGAGUGAAGCUUGAUAUGCAUAAGGCAUACGAUCGGGUUGAAUGGGAUUUCCUCGAGGCAGUCAUGGAAAAGUUGGGUUUCUGUCAACAGUGGAGGAAGCUUGUUAUGGGAUGUGUCAAAACAGUGGAUUUUGCUAUACUCCUGAAUGGGCAACCAGGGGAGAAUUUCAUACCAUCUAGGGGGAUCCGGCAGGGAGACCCGCUAUCUCCGUAUUUAUUCAUUCUUGUUGGCGAGGUUUUGGCUCGACUGCUUCAACAGGCGGUGGAUAGGAGGAUGCUUAAAGGCAUUCAGCUAAACCAUGGAUGCCCGACUAUUUCACACUUAUUCUUUGCGGAUGACACUUUGAUCUUCUUGCGUGCUGAUAAACAAAACUGUGAUAGUCUGUUGAGGAUUUUAAAUGAUUAUUGUCAUGCUUCUGGUCAACAGGUGAAUUAUCAGAAGUCGUGUAUUUUCUUUGGAGCAAACGUGCCUAGCAGCUUGUCAGCUGAGCUAAGUCAUAUUGUUGGCAUGCCUUUGGCAAAGGAUCCGGGGAAGUAUCUUGGUCUCCCGGCUAUCUGGGGUCGAUCGAAACGGCAAGGGCUUGCUUUUGUGAAGGAAAGAAUUCUGGAAAAAGUUCAGGGAUGGAAACAGUGCACCCUCUCUCAAGCAGGAAAAGAAAUAAUGAUUAAGGCGGUAAUUCAAGCUAUCCCUGCCUAUCCCAUGCAUCUAUUUAAGUUUCCUACCACUCUGUGUUCCGAAUUUGACGCUGUAAUUGCUGAGUUUUGGUGGGGGAAGACAGGGGGGGAGAAAAGCAUACACUGGGUCUCUCGGGAUAUGUUGGGAUAUCCGAAGCUGGAAGGAGGUAUGGGGUUCCGAAAUUUUCAAGAAUUUAAUGAUGCUUUGCUUGCUAAACAGUGCUGGAGAUUGAUACAUGAUCCAAACUCGCUAUGGGCGCGGAUUCUUAAAGCCCGUUAUUUUCCUCACUGCUCGUUCCUGAAAGCGACUUUGGGGGGAAGAGCUUCUUGGGGAUGGUCAAGUUUGUUGGUGGGGCGUGGGAUUCUUCAGGAAGGAGCUCAUUGGCAGAUUAUGAAUGGAAGAAGUAUCAGGUUGUGGCAAGAUAGGUGGGUGCCGACUAUCACUGCUGGGAAACCUACGGCCAUUGGAGAUGUAAGAGUGUCUCGGAAUAUGCGGGUGAAUACAAUGAUUAAUGAUGUGUCCGGAACCUGGAAUAUCGAGGCCAUUAGGCCUCUUAUAUCGGUGGAGGAUCAUGAUGCCAUUCUGGAAACAUCCAUAGGAGACAGAUCUCAGGAGGAUAGGAUAAUUUGGCCGGCUACUAAGAAUGGGGUGUAUUCGGUGAGAUCUGGAUAUCAUUGGAAGCAUGCUAGCUCGAGCAAUAGGAUUGACAGAGCCUCCUCUUCUUCCCCUAUGAUCCCGAACAAAGUUUGGAGAAGUAUUUGGCAGCUGAAGACUCCUCCGAAGAUCCGGAACUUUAUGUGGCGGGCUCUAAAUUGGGCGGUGGCAACGAUGGAGAAUCUGUUCAUACGUCGUUGUUCUCCAUCCCCGCGUUGCCCGAUAUGCUCCGACCAGAAUGAAUCUGUUGAGCACAUGCUCCUUCUAUGUCCGUGGGUUGAGCCGAUUUGGUUUGGUGGCCCGCUGAAUUACAGGGUGAGUAGAGCAAAUAUCUCGUCUCUUCGUGACUGGGUUAUGUAUUUAGUCGGGUCUAACUUGGGUUCACAGGAUGAGAUUGCUAGGAUUUUAAAGUUUGUGGCUGUAACAUGCUGGCAUAUUUGGAAAACCCGGUGUAGCUUUGUUUUUGAUCACAUGGGGAUUAAUCCUAAUCGAGUCAUUUUGGCUAUUUGGACUUCGGUGAAUGCUUUUUUGGAGGCGACUGAAGGCUCUGCUGGCUGUCCUCAGCGGGUUCUGAAUCGCUCUAGUCCUCCUGCCCGCUGGGAUCCUCCGUGUGGUCCAUUUUUGAAGGUGAAUGUGGAUGCGAGCUGGGAGGCCAAUUCUAGAUGCGGGUUUGUGGGUGUGGUGAUUCGGGAUCAUGAGGGGAAGUUUGUGGCUGCUACUCGAGGAAGGAUUGGGGCGCUUAGUGCGGCUGCUGCUGAGGCUGCUGCAAUUUUGCGUGGGUGUGAGUUGGCAAAUGCGUUGGGGUUGGACAACAUCAUUGUGGAGUCCGACUCUAAGGAGAAUAUCCUUUGUUUAUCUCAGGGUUAUUCGAGGGGCAGCUGGGAGGCCUUCCCCGAUAUCUCGAAAGCGUUGCGUAUUGGGGGGACCUUUCAGGAUUGUCGCUGGUCUUGGGUUCCGAGAUCGGCCAAUUUGGCGGCGCAUGUUUUGGCGUCGAGAAGUAAUCUGGAGAUGUGCGGUGUGAAUUGGGUAAACCUCCCUCCAUCUUCGCUGGUCCGUGUUCUUAACAAGGAUGGGUUACCAUGCCCCCAUUAA